GAGGAGGCCAGCCGCGCGAUGGACGAGGCCGCCUACUACGCGGCGCUGGCGGCCGCGGACGAGGACGAGGACGAGGACGAGGAGGCGGGCGCGGAGGAGGAGGCCGCGCCGGGCGGGGAGGCCGCGCUGGGCGAGGAGGACGAGGCCGAGGAUGCCGAGGGUGCCGAGGCAGCCGCCGCCCUCGCCGCGCUGCGGAGCGCCCUCGAGCCGGUGCCGGACGAGGGCGGGAGCCUCGAGGAGGUCGCCGCGCCCGUGCGGCUGCCGAACCACCUGGAGCAGAGGCUGCGCGACCUCGGCGUGCUCGCCGACGGUGGCGCGGCGGUGCCCGCGCCGCCGGCGCCGCUGCCGCCAGGAGCGGCGAGCG